AAGCAGGGUGUGUUGGUCAGAAUGCGGAAGAAGUGUUGUUUUAAUAAUUUUAAAAAAAACCUUUCAUGAUAAAUGUUCUUUAGUUUCUAAUUCGGAGUUGGGGUGCAGCGUGAACUGUUUACCUGGCCAGGUGAGCGCAGGAUGGGGUCUGAGCCGGAGCAGAGUGCAGGCGCCUCCUUGGGACUCAGCAUCGCUCUGCUUUCCAGCCUCGUGAAUGGCUCUACUUUCGUUUUGCAAAGAAAAGGCAUCCUUCGAGCUGAGAGUAGAGGUGCUUCCUAUUUAACAGAAUUGGCUUGGUGGAGUGGAACUGUCGGAAUGGGACUGGCUCAAAUAGGAAAUCUUGUAGCAUACAACACUGCCCCUGCUGCAUUGGUAACGCCACUAGGAGCCCUCGGUGUCCCAUUUGGGUCACUUUUGGCUUCCUAUAUGUUGCAGGAGAAACUAAACUUGCUAGGAAAAUUAGGAUGUUUACUAAGCUGUGCAGGUUCAAUUAUACUGCUCAUUCAUGCUCCCAGAACUGAGAGUGUAACAUCAAGUGUGCAACUGGAAGAGAAACUUGCAGAUCCAGUAUUUCUUGGUUACACCUGCAUCAUUCUAGCACUUCUCAUCCUGCUUAUUUUCUGGAUUGCACCUUCCCAUGGCUCCACCAACGUCCUGGUUUACAUUAGUAUUUGUUCGUUACUGGGUAGCUUCACUGUACCCAGCUGUAAAGGCAUUGGCUUAGCCGCUCAAGAUGCAUUUAGUGGUGAUCCAUCAAGCCAAAGAGCACUGUGCCUUUUUGUCAUCCUGUUGGUAACACUGAUUUGCAGUAUUCUCAUUCAGUUUAUGUACAUUAAUAAGGCUUUGCAAUACUUUGAUUCUUCCAUAUUCAGUGCUAUAUACUACGUGGUUUUCACAGUUUUGGUCAUACUGGCAUCUGCCAUCCUCUUUCGAGAGUGGAGUGAUGUUGGAUUUGUAGAUUUUCUUGGUAUGCUGUGUGGAUUCAUCACUGUUUCCAUUGGAAUCGUCCUCUUGCAGGUCUUCAAAGAAUUCAGCAUCUCUGCCAGUGACUUAAGAAAAAUCACUUCAAAGAAACACUGAAAUAUAAGAAUUUACUGCUUUCAUGACUGUAUUUCAGUUUUUGAAUAGAUAAAUACUUCUACAGUAAUGAAUAUUGUAGGAUUUUUGGAAUACAGACAUUGGAACUAACAUAAAAUUUAGUAACGUAACCGCUUUUUCAUGUAUUUGUCCAUUAUCAGAUCUGCUUCUCUCUGCUGCUGUUUACUAUUUACUAUCCUUCACUUGCUGCCAAUUGAGAGAACCUUAGGAAGUGUACUCCGAAGGUAGAGCAAUUUCAGGCCCUGAAGGCCCCGUAGUUUUCAUAGAAGGAGAGAAACAAAAACUGAAUUUAUAUUUGGGUCUUUCAUGACCUUAGAACGUCCAACGCGCUUUGCAGUAUCUUUCCACUGUGGUCGCUGUUGUGAGAAACCCAGCAGCCAAUUUACACACAGCAAGCUCCCACAAAUAGUGAUGUGAUAAUGACCAGAUUUCUCUUUGUGAUUUUAAUGAGGAAUAAAUAUUGGCCAGGUCAUUAGGAAUAACUUGCCUGCUCCUCUUCGAAGUGGUGCCAUGGGAUCUUUUACACCUGCUUGAGAGGGAGCAGAUGGGGCCUCAGUUUAACGUCUUGUGAAAGACAGCACCUCUGGCCGUAGAGCACUCAGUACUGCACUGGAGUAUCAGCCUAGAUUUUUGUGCUCAAGUCUUUGGAGUGGGACUUGAUCCUACAGCCUUCUGUCCCGGAGGGCAAGUGUGCUCCACUAAGCCAUGGCUGACAAGUAAUUGGUCCUGGUAAUGGACCACACCACCUCCACUCUAGCCCUCAGAACUUUUCUUUUAAGACAAGAAAAAGCCUAAUGUUGACUUGGUAACUGCCCAAGUGAAACAUUAAAUGAAUGAAAGAUCACAGGUAGAGACCCAAGUCCCAUCACUCUGUGGUUACGCUAUAUUUGGGCUGGUCGCUGGAGCAGCUGUCAAACAAGAAGUUGCUGAGAAUUGUGACACACAACAGAAGGUUGGGCAAUAACUCUUCUUAAAGAAUUCCUUUCAAGUGUUAAUUUGUUGGUACUUCAUGUACUUGAUUAGUUUUUAAUGUUUAUAUUCGGUUUUUUUGCAAAAGAGUUACUGCUUUGAAAACUGAAAUCUUGUCAUGUGAUGCUUUUAUUGCAUUUAAUUGCCUUCAUGCACUGACCACUAAACAGUAGCAAUGAAUUAGUCUUUUGCGUACUGAGUUGUCAUCUGUAACUUCUAAAAUGCACAAGCUGAGAGAUUGGGAACUAGGUCACAUAUACUGCAUUUGCAUGUCCACUAGUGGAAAGUUAGUGCAGCAAUGGAAGGGAACAAUCAUUUUUCAUCAGGAAUGAUCUUGAAUGGAAAUGCAACAUGGGAUUAAACUAACUAUUAAAACUCCUCAAAUCUUCAGUGAAACAGGAAAAUGCUAGGUGAUUAUUCACUGUAGAAGACACCAAUAACAUCCCAGAAAUAAUUGUAAAACAAGAGGUGAAAGGAAGGGUGAAGCUGAAAACAAUUGCAAUCACCUGGAAAAGAGUACUGAGGAAAAUUAUUAGAACUAAAGGCUGACAAGUCCUGAGGUCCUGAUGGACUUCAUCCUAGCACCUUUUUUUUAAAAAAAGUGGCUCCUGGGAUAGUAGAUGUGUUGCGUUUAAUCUUCCAAAAUUCCCUCAAUUCUGGAAAGGUCCCCUCAGAUUGGGAUUUAUUUUUUCUUUUAUGGGAUGUGGGUGUCACUGGCAAGGCCAGCAUUUGUUGUCCAUUCCCAAUUGCCCUUGAAGUAAGUGGUUUGCUAGGCCAUUUCGGAGGGCAGCUAAGAAUCAACCACAAUGCACGUGUAGACCAGACAAUGUAAGGACAGCAGAUUUCCUUGCCUAAAAGGCAUUAGUGAACCAGGUGGAUUUUCACAACAAUUGAUAGUUUCAUGAUCACCCUUACUGAGACUAGAUUUCAAUUCCAGAUUUAUUCAUUGAAUUUAAAUUUAACCAGCUGCCAUGAUUUGAACUCCUAUCCCUAGAGCAUUAGCCUGGGCCUCUGGAUUACUAGGAUCAGUGACGUUACCACUAUGCCACCAUCUCCGCAGUAUCAAAUGUAACUCCUUUAUUCAAGAAAGGAGGGAGAUAGAAAGCAGCCAGUUAGCCCAACAUCUAUCAUUGGGAAAGUGCUGGAAUCUAUUAAAGGAGGCUAUAGCGAGGCACUUAGAUCUCAAUGCAAUCAUGCAGAGUUAACAUAGUUUUGUGGAAGGGAAAUCAUGUUUGACUAAUUUAUUGGGGUUUUAUGAGGAAAUAAAAGUAAUGUGGACAAAGGGGAACCUGUGGAUAUGCUGUACUUAGAUUUCCAGAAGGCACUGGACAAAGCGCAACGUCAAAGGUUACAAUAUAAAAGAACUCAUGGUGGGUGGGAGUGGAGUGGUGGUAACAUUUUAGCAUUGAUAGAGGUUAGCUAACAGGAAACAGAGUAGGGAUAAGUGGGUCAUUUUUGGGCUGGCAAAACGUAAUGAGUAGAGUGCCAUAGGGGUCUUGACUAUUUAGACUUUAUAUCAAGGUGUCCCAUGUUGCUGCAGGAGUACAUUGCAGAAGUCUUUUUAUUGUUUUGGGUUUAUUUCUGGGAUUUCUCACAGAAACAGGCAUUACAGUUGAAGCCUGGGAGUAGUUUGGGAAGCAGAGAGAGAGAGAGAAUUUGCCAGAAACUGUGGACCAGUAGAAAGGAGCUAUCAGAAAUCAGGAGUAUUUGAGUUGGAGUCACUAAGCAAGAGUGCAGUGAGACCCAUGCUAUAGCUGCGAUAUCCACAAUAGUGAGGCACUUAAGGAAAGAUGAAGGGUCACUUAGCUGGAUGCUAGUGGAUGCUAAAAAAUCUCAUAUCUUAGAGAACAGAAAGAACACUGAGGAGAAUCAGUGAAUUCCUGAGAACUGUGGCACAUCUUGGUUUGGUCCCAGGAGAAGUGAAGGAACUCUCAAGAUCAUGUAAAAUAAAAGGGUACUAUUAGAUGGAAAUGAAAAUAGAACAAGGAGUGCCCUGUUGCGAUGGCUUUAAGUAGAAGUGUUUACCAAAUAUAGUAUCAUUAGUAUUGUUACGACCACAGCUGAUGUUAUUUGCUGAGCAAGCCAAAUCUCAGAGGGAAACUUGCCUGACUGAUCAUAACCUUUUCUUUUGUAGUUUGAAAACAAGGGGAAUAAACUACUGAUCCCAGAAGCAUAGAAUCCCAGGAACACUUUUAGGAUUUAAAUGUUAAAAGAUUUAUGAACAAGAAGAAAAAAAAUUAAGUACACAAGAUUAAAGCUACACCGUUAAAGCAGUCUUGCAAAACAUCCCCCAAAAAACACACUUGGUCAGAACACACAAGUAAAUUACUUGGCAGCAGCUCCUUUUAUAGAUUUUUAACUAUAAAAAUCCAGCAAAAUUACCCAAGGCAAAAACUGCUGUCACUUUGGUAGGAGGUAUACCAUAUAACUUCUUACUCUCUUCCACUCUGCGGUGGAAACCCAAGAAAGCUCUGAAUACAAACUGCUUUCUGAGACAAAGACUCCUCUGGUCCCCUGGAUGGCUGUUCCAAAUUUCACCUCUUUUUCCCAGCACAGAGCUGGCCUCAGGAUAUCUCUCGCACACAGCCACCCAACUCAGCUCAAUAUCUUUCCUUAAAUAUUUUCUUCUUUCAUCUUAGAUUCCAUUGUCCUAAGCACUUCUUUGAACUUUACUUUUCCAAAAUAUAAACAUCUUUCAUGUUUUCCUAUUGCCUCCACUUUUAGGUCAAAUAAAAUUUAAUAACCUUCCCUUGUUUACUUAUGAAAAGGUCCCUUGUCACUUCUAAACUCCCUGACACAGCUGAAAAGUCAAGACCCUACCUAUCAUCUAAUGCAAAUUUUAAAACUCAACCUAUUUACUCGUACAUUCAGCUUUACCAUAGCCUCUCAUUACAAACGUCUGCACCUAGCAUCUUCCCUUUCACGCCUCAGUUCUUGCAGACAAGCUCUCUUUACUAACCUUCCCCCAGUUUAAUUAAUCGUGGACAAACACACACACAGCCUUCUUUACAGAAUACUACCAUAUUCCCAACAAUAUUUUUUUUAAAAAUCCAUCUUCACGGUAUAUGCUUUGUUUAAUUAUUGUACAGUAAAAGUUUAUUUAAAAUAUAAAAUCUUGUGCAAUUUCUUUCAGUUGAUAACCAGGAGUUCAAAUUUUUUUGAAGAGUUAAUGGUCUCCUCCAGAUCAUAACACUGUAGUAUUUUUGGGAACAGUGCUAAUGUUGUUGUGACAUUCCGUUGUUGGAUUGAGAGUAUUUUUGAAUUUCUUUAUAAUUCAUUCCACAUCAGUGAGUAAUUUUUAUAAAUGAUUUUUAAGCCACUGAACUAACCAGCUUCUCCACCUGACCAGUCAUGUCUUGCAAUCAAACAUGAAUCACCAAGGCAUGCACGCCUUAGGAAAUGGAGUCAAAAUUGAGGUAUGCAAAUGGUGCAGAUUCCAUCGACUUAUCCACCCAUCUGCCUUCAUAAUUACAGGUCUGGCAACAUCUGUGGAGUGAGAAACAAGAGUUAACUUUUCAGUUGUGACUUUUUAUUAAAUCUCUUCUGAUGAAAGAUUACAGAACUAGAACGUUAACUUUGUUUCUCUUUGUCUUUCUCUCCAGUAGAUGCUGGCAGAUCUGAGUGUUUCCAGCAUUUUGUGUUUUUAUUUCUGAUUUCUAACAACUGCACUAUUUUGCUUUUGUUUUGUCUUCACAGUUACUGAUUUUUUUAAAUAGCUUAGGUUGCUUUUAUGAUGUGGUUGCAGUAUUGGUUCUCCAAAGGCACAAAUUAUUUGAACUGCGAAGGCCAAGAUUCACUGAAUAAAAGUCAUCCUGAUUUAGUGUCUCAAAUUUAAUAAUCUGUUGAUGCCUUUGUCCAAUUUCCUUUGUUUCAGAUGGGUCAGUUCACUGUAACAGGCUUGUUUUACAGCUUUCUUAAAACUUGUAGUUUUCAAAAUGAUGGAUGUAAAUAAUUUUCUUGGAUAGCUCUGCAAAUUAUUGACUGCUGGCAUUUUGAAAGUACAAAAAUAACACUUCUGAACAACCAUUUUGUUUACUUUUUAGAAUUCUUUUUAGUGACUUGGCACUUUUCUAUCAAUUUUCCCCCCACCUCUUUAUUUUUUAAGAUUAAACUUCAACUAAGGCAUUCAAAAUCUGAUCAAAUAUUUAAUAUACUUUAGUAAUAGAUGUGUAAUUGUUUUAUCAAUCCAGCCUUGAAGUGGGGAUUGAGAGGUUGCUGUUUGUGUUUAGUUCUUUUGUGCAGUAUGUAUUAAGCCUACCUUAAAUGUAAACUGUGUUAAAUAAGUGUCUUCAAGUUGCAUUUUGUACGUCAGGGCUUUUGUGACGAGAGAAUUUUUCCACUGAUGUCAAACUUAACAGAGCACUGGAAGUUUUGUGAAAUUGGAGAGUGUGUUGAUUUGUAAAACUGAUGUAGAUAUAAUUUUAAUCCCAUCUUGAAGGUUUAAAUUAUUCUGCAUCAGGGCUGCUGAUGUGAAAAAAACAUCACUGUGACUGAAAAUUAUAUUUAAUAUGUGUAUAUGUAAUAUGUGUGUGUGUUUUAUGGCAAUGAAUGAAAAAGUAUGUUUUUAAAACUUCUUUACAAUUUUACCAUAAAUAUAACUUGUCAUGUUUCAACCUGAAUGUGGUAAUAAAAUCUAAUGUUCAUAA